CUUCAGGAUUGCAUAUGAGCUGCAUCCAGCCAUACUUCAACCAAGAGACCCAGAAGCUGCUUCCAGGGAAUUCAUAUUGAGCAAAAUGCAACUCGCCUUGCCUGGACUGGGGUUAAACCUUUACCUGUUUUUUUAUGCAGCUGCUACCUUCUGUCUGAUCAGCAUGCUCCUGAAAGUCAUCCAGCUAUACCAAAGGAGGCAAAAGCUGAUCAGAUCUUUGGAGAGCUUCCCAGGGCCACCGAAGCAUUGGUUUUAUGGACACACCAAUGAGCUUGGUCGAAUUGGAGAACUUGCCACAAUGGUGUCAUGGUCGGAGAGAUAUCCCAACGGUCAUCCCUUGUGGUUUGGAGCUUUCUUGGGGUUUCUCAAUAUCUACCAUCCAGAUUACGCCAAGGCCAUAUACAGCAGAGGAGAUCCGAAGGCUCUUGAUUUCUACAAUUUUUUUCUCCCAUGGAUUGGGAAAGGGCUACUGGUAUUAGAUGGGCCCAAAUGGUUCCAGCACCGGCGACUGUUGACUCCUGCAUUUCACAGUGAUAUUUUAAAGUCAUACGUGGCACUGAUGGUCGAUUCCACCAAAGUGAUGCUGGAUAAAUGGGAAAGGCUGAUCUCAGAAGAUAAAUCACUGGAUAUUUUCCAGCAUGUUGGGUCUAUGACACUGGACAGCAUGUUGAAGUGUAUCUUCAGUUAUCAGAGCAAUUGCCAGCAUGACAGUAAGAAUACAUAUGUCCAAGCAAUUAGUGACCUCAGUUGUUUGAUGCAGGAAAGAAUACAGACAUUUCUCUAUCACAAUGAUCUAAUCUAUCACAUCUGUCCUCAUGGAUACCGUUUCUUCAAGGCUUGCAGAAUAGCCCAUCGCCACACAGAAAAGGUGAUUAGGGAAAGAAAGGGGCUCCUCAAAGAUGAACGGGAACUUGAGAAGAUCCAAAAGAAGAGAUAUCUAGACUUUCUGGAUAUUCUUCUCUGUGCCAGGGAUGCAAAUGGCGAGGGAUUAUCUGAUGAAGACAUACGUUCUGAGGUGGACACUUUCCUCUUUGAGGGUCAUGAUACCACCACCAGUGGGAUUUCCUGGACCUUAUAUGCCAUGGCCCAGAAUCCAGAGCACCAGCAAAAAUGCAGGAAGGAGAUAAAGGAGAUUCUUGGAGAGCGAGAGACUCUGCGCUGGGAUGACCUUAGUAAGAUGACCUACACUACAAUGUGUAUUAAGGAAAGCCUCCGUGUUUAUCCUCCUGUUCCUCAGGUGUACCGAGAACUCAACAAACCAGUCACAUUUCCUGAUGGAAAGACAUUGCCUGCAGGUGCUUUAAUAUCCCUGAAUAUUUAUGCUCUUCACAAAAAUCCCGAAGUGUGGAAGGAUCCUCAGGUGUUUGAUCCUCUAAGGUUUUCACCCGAUAAUUCAUCUCAAAGACAUUCCUAUGCAUUUUUGCCAUUUGCUGCUGGACCCAGGAAUUGCAUUGGGCAACAGUUUGCUAUGAUGGAGUUGAAACUGGCGGUUGCUCUGACUUUGCUGCGCUUCCAAGUUGCACCAGAUCCUGCUAAUCCUCCUCUUGAGAAACCUCAGCUCAUCAUGCGCUCUUGGAAUGGGAUACAUUUAUAUUUAAAGAAGCUUGCAUAGAUUCUCUGUCAACCACAGAACACAACUCUUGUAACUAAUAAAACC